GAUAUGGGCCGAGCGCAGACACGUCGGAGCAUUACAGUUUGGGGUUACGAUCAGCCCUGAAGACUCUGCGGUUUCUGACUCUCUGGUUUAUGAAGAAAUAACGGACAGAGGCCCAUGGAUCUUUGGCACAUCCUUAUUGAAAAGGCAGUGGAAAACAGAGUUUUCAAACAUUUUGAAGACAUAUUACGGACAUGUAAAGGAGCUGAAGGUUAGCAGACUGGCUUUCCUGAAGAGGAGGAGGAGAGGGAUUUGCAGCCUGGAGAGACGAGUCCAAAGCUCUCGCCCACCCCCCCUAACACCGCGGUGCGGGAAGAGAAGGAGGAAGAGGAAGGGGGAGAGGGAUUUGCAGUCUGGAAAGUCGACCCCAAACCUCUAGCCCACCCCCCCACGGCGGUGCGGGAGGAGAAGGAGAAGCAGGAGGAGGAGGAGAGGGAUUUGCAGCCUGGAAAGUCGACCCCAAACCUCUAGCCCACCCCACGGCGGUGCGGGAGGAGGAGGAGAGGGAUUUGCAGCCUGGAAAGUCGACCCCAAACCUCUAGCCCACCCCACGGCGGUGCGGGAGGAGAAGGAGGAGGAGGAGAGGGAUUUGCAGCCUGGAAAGUCGACCCCAAACCUCUAGCCCACCCCCCCCCACGGCGGUGCGGGAGGAGAAGGAGGAGGAGGAGGAGGAGAGGGAUUUGCAGCCUGGAAAGUCGACCCCAAACCUCUAGCCCACCCCACGGCGGUGCGGGAGGAGGUGGAGAGGGAUUUGCAGCCUGGAAAGUCGACCCCAAACCUCUCGCCCACCCCCCCACCCCCCCACCGCGGAGUAGCCGGAGCCCCGUGAGCAUGGAGGGGGCCGGCGCCGCUGACACCGAGGAGAAGCCCUCCUUCGCCUGCCCGGUGUGCGGGCGGGGCUUCGGCCGCCCGUCCGCCCUGUCCCGGCACCGGCGGAGCCACGCCGGCGAGCGGCCGUGGAGGUGCGGCGACUGCGGCCGGGGCUUCAGCUACCCGGUGGAGCUGGAGUCGCACCGGCGGGCGCACACCGGCGAGCGGCCGUUCCGCUGCCCGGACUGCGGCCGGGGCUUCUCGCUGUCCUGCAACCUGCUGGCCCACCGGCGGGUGCACUCCGACGAGCGGCCGUUCCGCUGCCCCGAGUGCGGCAGGCGCUUCAAGAGCGCCGGCGAGCUGAUGCGCCACCAGCGGGCGCACACCGACGAGCGGCCGUUCCGCUGCCCGGACUGCGGCGCCGGCUUCAGGCAGCCGUCCGACCUGGGCGUGCACCGGCGGGUGCACACCGGCGAGCGGCCGUUCCGCUGCCCGGACUGCGGCCGGGGGUUCAGCCAGCUGGCCAACCUGCUGACCCACCGGCGGGUGCACACCGGCGAGCGGCCGUUCCGCUGCCCGGACUGCGGCCGGGGCUUCACCACCCUGUCCAACCAGCUGGAGCACCGGCGGGUGCACACCGGCGAGCGGCCGUUCACCUGCCCCGAGUGCGGCAAGGGCUUCGCUCACUCGUCCACCCUGCUCCGGCACCAGCGGGUUCACCGGUGAGAGCCGCCGGGAUUAACUCCUUAAGCGGGGGCCGGGCUUCCGCAGUACUCUGGAUAAAAGUCGAAAUAAAUCCUCUCAAAACAUUUUAAA